AUGGCACGGCGGCAGUGGAGCAGCGGCGGCGGCGGCCUCGCGUUGGCAGUGCUCGCCGUGCUGUCGUCCGUGCUCUGCUCGGGCCACCCGGUGCCUGGCGGGGGGUUCCCGCCGCUGCAGCCGCACUUCUACGACCACGCGUGCCCACAGAUGCAGGCCAUCGUGGGCUCCAUCGUGGCGAAGGCGCACGCGGAGGACCCGCGCAUGGCGGCGUCCCUGCUGCGGCUGCACUUCCACGACUGCUUCAAAUGA